CACACUGGUUGGGACUUCAAGGGUCCCCCGAGGGACUGAGGUGACCUAUGGUGAUGGGGGAGUUCCAGUCUGGGCAAAGUGUCAGCCGUUUGAACAGCAUGAGGAGCCUUGAGAGGCUUAUAAGGAGAGGUAUGAAAAAUUCUAACAACAUAAGUAAGCAAUGGAGGAGGGAAACUGAGCAACGGAGAAACGUCUGCCUGGGGCUCAUCAAUGCGGGCCAAUAUGAAGAUUUCUACCUGGAGAACACUGCUAACUGCUUCACAAAGUGCUCGGAGUCAAGGAAUGAAUCCUGUGACCUGGAAAACUUGCAGAGGUACUGGCUAAAAUUCGAGUACCAUCUGCUGGAGAGUCCGACGAGCAUAGUGAAUAUGUCUUUUUUGAAGGCUGCUGUCCAGAAUAUCAGCACCCACAUCUCAGAAGACCUGUUCUUCUCCCUGACGCCUUCCCAGGUUCCAGGGCUGGUGACAGAGGAUGAGCAUGAACACCCCGACCGAGUCCGGCUGCCCAGGAGUCUCUUUGAAUCCCUGCAGGAGAACAGGUCGGAGGUCUUGCUGGCCAUCACUAUCCUGGACGUCGGUCCGGGGAAUCUGUUCAAGGGCCCCCAGCUCAGCCUGGAGGGCGGCAGCCGCGUGUUGAAUAAUCGCCUGGUGGGCCUGAGCUUAGGCAGUAUACCUGUCAGAAGGCUGGCUGAGCCUUUGGAGAUCACCUUCUCCCACCAGCACCUACCCACUAACAUGGCCCUCAGCUGUGUGUUCUGGGAUGAGACUAAAGGAGACUGGUCUUCCAUGGGCUGCUCCACGGAGCUCAGAGCCAAGAGGACCAUCUGUCGCUGUGACCAUCUGACCUUCUUCGCUUUGCUGCUGAAGCCGAUCUUGGACCAAGCCACCGUCCAGUCCCUCGUUCGCAUUUCCCAGGCUGGCUGCGGAGCCUCUAUGAUCUUCCUGGCCUUUACCAUUGUCCUCUACGCUGCCCUAAGGUGCUACUGGCAGAGGUUCAAGUCAGAAGACGCCCCCAAGAUCCAUGUGGCCCUGAGUUUGAGCUUGUUUCUCCUGAAUCUCACCUUCUUCUUCAACAUGGGGCAUAGUCCCCAGCCGUCGGGUGCCACCUGCCAGGCCCGGGCGGCCGUCUUCCACUACUUUCUGCUCUGCACCUUCACCUGGAUGGGCCUGGAAGCCUUCCACCUCUACCUGCUUGUCAUCAAGGUCUUCAACACCUACUUUGGGCACUACUUCCUGAAGCUGAGCCUCGUGGGCUGGGGCCUGCCUGCCCUCAUCGUCUUUGGCACCGGGACUGCGGACAGCUAUGGCCGCUACACCAUCCACGACAAGAGGAACGUCACCACCCUGGAGCUGUGCUGGUUCCAGGAGAAGGCGGAUGUCUCUGCCCUCUAUGUCACCGUCCACGGCUACUUCCUCGUCACCUCCCUCUUCAGCGCUGUGGUCCUGGGCCUGGUGGCCUGGAAGAUUUUCACUCUGCCGAGGGCCACAGCGGGCAAGGAGCAAGGACCGAACUGGAAGGGGGUCCUCACCGUGCUGGGGCUCUCCAGCCUGGUGGGCGCCACGUGGUGGCUGGCCAUCCUCACGCCGCUGGACUGGUCCACCAUCUAUAUCUUCGCCCUCUUCAACUCCCUGCAAGGUGUCUUCAUCUUCUGCUGGUUCACCAUGCUCUACUUCCCCAGCCGGAGCACCGUGGCCUUCUCCUCUAGUGUGCCCCGAGCCGACCAGGUCCACACCAUGUCUCAUGAAUAGGAGGCCUCCGUGGGGUCAGGCUGGGAGCCGGCCUCACGUUCCGGACUCAGCUCUGACUCCUCAUGUGGCCUCAGGCUGCCCCCUGUCUCGCUCUGGGCUUCAGUUUCCAUGUUUUUACAAUGUGGCUGGGGAGGGAGGAGAUGGGGACCAGGGGGGACCACCUGGCUUCAAAGGUUCCGUCCAGAUACUCUGAUGGGUCAUAAAGUCCACGAAUCGA